GGCCUUGUGCGAGGGCCCGCAGUCAAGCACCGAGCCCCGGUCGAGGCGGACACGGCAUGCGAGAAGCCAUCCGAACGUACGAUGGUGUAGUUCCUGGCACUUCGAGCGAUGGGCACCACGGUGGUGUGUGCGGUGUUAUUCGGCGCCGUCUUCGGCGUCCUGUCGGCGUCGCUGAGCAAGGCGCUGCGGUACCAAGCGCCCGACGAGUGCAAGUGGGUGGUUGUGGACAGCGGCACCGAGGACGACGUCGCGCUCGUCUGCCGCCUGCAGACGAUCAACAGCGAGCUGGAGAACACCAACUUCAGCGUGAUCCAGCCCCAGCACACGGUGCGGCUGCGGCUGGAGUGCAGUGACGCCCUCUUCUUCCAAAGUUCCUUGAGCGCCGGCAGCUUCAAGCCCCUGGUCGAGCUGCGCGAACUCUCGAUCGAGUACUGCAAGAUCGGUAACCUCUCCGACGGCGCCUUCCGCGGCCUGAAGGAGCUGAGGAACCUCACGGUGCGGACCCACAACACGGAUUGGUCAGCCAUGACCCUGGAAGUGUCGCCGAACGCGUUCACGGACGAGUUGCGUUUACUCGAGCGGCUGGAUCUCGGUGAAAAUAACAUGUGGAGUUUGCCCGACGGUGUGCUGUGUCCUCUGUACGCGCUGGAAGUGCUUAAUUUGACCCGGAAUCGGUUGCGCGAAGUGGCCAGUUUUCGGUUCACUCACAAUCCGUCGGAAAGCUGCGGGGCCAACUUGAGGCUCCUCGAUCUGUCACGUAACAACAUCGACAGGCUACCAUCGAGUCAAUUUUCUGCACUGUCACGCCUUCAAAAGCUCUAUCUUCAAGGAAACGGCCUCACACAUUUGGCAGAUCGUGCUCUCGAGGGACUCGUGGCACUCAACGUACUCAAGCUCUCCGACAACCGUUUAGUCAGUUUGCCGCCUGAGCUGUUCUCCGACACGAAAGAUAUCAGAGAGAUGUAUUUGCAAAACAAUUCCAUAAACGUCUUAGCUCCGGAUCUUUUUAGUGAACUGACGCAACUGCUAGUACUCGACUUGUCGCACAAUGAAUUGACGGCCGAUUGGAUUAACGCAGCGACGUUCGCCAGAUUGGUUCGCCUCGUUGUUCUCGAUAUUUCACACAACAGAAUAACCAAACUAGAACAGUCCGUCUUUAGAAACCUAAUUAGUCUCCAGAUUUUAAGACUGAACGACAACUUCAUCGAAGCGAUACCCGAAAACACCUUUUCUGCGCUUUAUAAUCUACACACGUUAAUUAUCUCCAACAACAAACUAACAAAAAUCGACAGCGAUACAUUUAACGGACUUCACGUGCUCUCACUAUUGUCGCUAGACAAUAACAAAAUAUCUUGGAUACAUCACGAGGCAUUGAAAAACUGUUCCAGUUUACAGGACCUUCAUCUUAACGGUAAUAAAUUGAUACAAGUACCGGAAGUACUACACAACGUACCAAUGCUGAAAACAUUAGAUCUCGGAGAAAAUCACAUUGACGUGAUCACAAACGAAACAUUUCGCGAAAUGAAUCAGAUGUACGGCUUGAGACUGACGGAAAACAACAUCGGUAACAUUACGAAAGGGGUUUUCGACAAAAUGUCGUCGCUCAAGAUACUGAACCUUUCUCGCAAUAAAAUACAGAAAGUAGCGGCAGGUGCGUUCGAUGCCAACGCCAACUUGCAAGCGAUUCGACUAGACGGCAAUUACUUAACGGACAUCCAGGAAUUAUUUGCCAAAUUACCGAGUUUAGUGUGGCUGAACAUAUCAGACAAUCAGCUGAAAUGGUUCGACUAUGCCCUAAUACCGACCGGUUUGCAAUGGCUCGACAUUCAUUCCAAUCAGAUAGAGGAAUUGGGCAAUUACUUUGAAAUCGAAUCAACCCUAUCUCUGAGCACGUUCGACGCUAGCGCGAACAAACUAACCGAAAUAACCGGAAGUGCUAUUCCUAACAGCGUGGAAGUGUUGUUUCUGAACGACAACCUAAUUUCGAAGGUCCAGUCGUACACGUUUUUCAAAAAACCGAAUCUGACGCGCGUGGAUUUAUUCGGAAAUAAAAUCACAAGCUUAGAUCCGAAUUCGUUACGAAUUUCGGCGGUUCCGCCUGAUAAGCCGCUGCCGGAAUUUUACAUUGGCGGUAAUCCGUAUCAGUGUGAUUGCACGAUGGAGUGGCUCCAGAAAGUGAAUAUCGGUAAUCGAGCUCGGACUCAGCCUAAAUUGGUCGACUUGGAAAGCAUUUAUUGCCAGUUGUUGUACAAUCGAGGUAGAACGUACGUUCCCCUCGUGGAAGCGGCACCUUAUCAGUUCCUUUGUACUUAUGAAUCACAUUGUUUUGCAUUGUGCCACUGCUGUGAUUUCGACGCCUGUGACUGUGAAAUGACGUGUCCGACCAACUGCACCUGCUAUCAUGAUCAAUCUUGGUCGGCCAACGUCGUCGAUUGUUCCUCCGGAGGGUACAUCACCAAACUCCCCGAACAAAUACCGAUGGAUGCAACUCAACUGUACUUGGACGGAAACGAUUUGCGCUCGUUAAAUAGUCACGCAUUCAUCGGUCGCAAAAGACUUAAAAUUUUGUUUUUGAAUAAUUCCAACAUAGAACUGAUCCAGAAUCGUACUUUUAACGGUCUCAAGGACUUGGAAAUUGUGCAUCUCGACGAGAACAGAAUUGGCGAACUGCACGGGUUCGAGUUCGAAGGGCUCGACAGUUUACGAGAAAUUUUCUUGCAGCACAACAGGAUAACGCAUAUAAGCAACACCACCUUUCUAGGAUUGCGGCAGCUGCGAAUCGUCAAGUUGGACCACAACAGGUUGCACUUGUACGACGUGUGGCAACUACCUACGACCAUGAUCGAAGUGACUUUGGCGUAUAAUCCUUGGUCCUGUGAGUGCGAAUUUAGCGAAAAAUUGCGGGAAUGGAUGGUGCGUGGCGACGUGGUUUCGGAUAGCGCGAACGUGCGUUGUGUGUUCAAUACGACCGAAAUCGACUACUACAGUGAGGACAUGUACGCGGACAAUCCAGACGUCGGAUUUUAUGUGAGUCAAGAGAACGGUACUUUGUGUACGGGCGCCGUGAACAUCGACAACAGCAUCAACGGCAAUCUAACGGCCACGAAAACCAUCAUCCAGAGACAAAUAAUCCAAGACUACUUGCCGCUGUUAGUGAUAACUUUGGCCGUCUUCGCCGUGAUCAUAAUCGUGACCCUGCUCUUGUUCAUUUUCCGGCAGGAGGUGCGCGUCUGGCUCCAUUCGAAAUUCGGGGUGCGGCUCUUCCACAGGUCGUCGGACCUGGACCGCGACGACAGGGACAAAUUAUUCGACGCUUUCGUGAGUUACAGUUCGAAGGACGAGGCGUGGGUCGCGGAGGUGCUGGCCCCGGCGCUGGAGCCCAACUACAAGCUGUGUCUGCACUACCGCGACUUCCCCGUGGGCGCCUUCCUCGCCGACACCAUCGUCCAGGCCGUGGAGUCGUCCAAGCGCACAAUCAUGAUCCUGUCGGAGAACUUCAUCAAGUCCGAGUGGUGCCGUUUCGAGUUCAAGUCUGCCCACCAUCAAGUUCUGCGCGACCGCCGCCGACGGCUCAUCGUGGUGCUGCUCGGCGAGGUGCCGCAGAAGGACCUGGACCCCGACAUCCGGCUGUACCUCAAGACCAACGUGUAUCUGCAAUGGGGCGACAAGCUGUUCUGGGAGAAGCUCAAGUUCGCCCUGCCCGACGUACCGAACAACCAGCGGCAUCGGGGCUCCGUGAGGGGCCCGCACGUGCAUCACCACGUGCACCGGCAUAGCGCACGGGCCCAGGCGCCCAAUCCUCCGAGCGGCGGUGUCGGAGGCGGCGGUGGUGGUGUCGGCGGCGGCGGCGGCGGCGGCGGAGGAGGAGGUGGUGGCGGCGCGACGCGGACUGUAGCCAUCCACAUUUGACAGUGAUACUGUUUUAUGUCAACCAAUUAUUGUGAUACUACGUAAUACAGACUGUGAGUGCAAUGUGAGUGCCGGAUGUGAUAGUCAAUUUCCGGGGGUGUGAGUGCGCGCGUGUGACGGCCGGACUGACUUGAGCAAGAAGCCGAGAGAGAAUUGGCGAGUGCUUGAAUGUGUGGACCCCGGACCACUCCGAUCCUGCGACGGAGUCUAACACUUGUUGCUGUAUAUAAGGACUUGUAUAGCUAAGUAUGUUCAAAACUGUAUGUAAAGCUGUAUAUAUUUAUAUAUUUUUAUACCCGGUAUUUAUUGUUGUAAGUUGUUUUUUCAACACUUUCUGCGUUACUUGCCAAUUUUACUUCUUUUUUGUGUAAUUAUUUAAAUCUACAUUCCAUUAAAGAACAUGCCGUAAUUUGUAAGUAAAUUUUAUUUAUAAAAUAACUUAGUAAUGCCUUUUCUACUGUCAAUGUAAAAUAAUAAAAUCUGAACAGCGACUUUUUAA